AAAUGACGCUCUCGCUCUCGGCACUGAUCAUGUAUACGAGACAAGUAUAAUAACCGAUCAGAACGCAGCUCCAGGCGCGAUUGUGCGGGCGAAGCAAAAAUCCAUAAAAUCCAAAGCGAUUUUCUAUUCUUCCCGCCUCGUUUCGCUGUCUAUUUAUGUCACCUACUGUCACAUCGGCGCGCGGCUUACAUUGCUCGCUAAACAAGAAAUUGAUCAAACUUGUCGAGCCGAGCGCCCUUGCAUCGAGCUUCAAAAGCAUCCGUACAAUAUUAAAGAAGGAGUGGAGCUUGCAGUGCAAUAAAUAACAACAGCGGUAUAAGAAAGGAAGAGCAGCACGGGUGUCACUACGUCGAGGUUCGUCGACCGAGACGAGCCAAUGAGAGGAGGAGCCUCGGAUAUAUGGCAUGGCAUCAUCGGCAGGUUUUCAGGAAAGCCACGUGCAGUUGCUCCACAAAUGACUCGAGGACACGCGAGUCUGGCCCAUGCCGUGACGAUCUCCGCCGCUCGCCGACGACUUACAUUUCGGGAAGGGAAGAUCGAUUUCCUUCCUGUAUAUUUGGCACAAUCUGAGAGAGAGAGAGGCUUCUUUUUCCGAGCAGCGAGCCUAGGAGGCUCGAUCGCGAAAGAGAGAUGACAUGGAACACCGGCGCUGAUUCGCUCAUUUGGUUCUUGCUGUGCUCCGGGCUCUCUGUGACAUGGUAGGCCCAGCCUCAGGAAGCGUUCAGACCUUGUUCGACUUCACGAGGCUAGACCAACUGAACGAUUGGACGGAACAGUCCGACACUGCGAAGCCCAGUGGCAUGUCCAAGGCAGUUCUCGCGCUGCAAAAGUCUCAGCUCUUCCAGAGGGCCAUUUUCUUCAGUCUGUUCGUACCCAAGGCAAGUGGCGCGGGCUUCGCCGCCAUUCGCACAGAGACGAAUUUCGACUUGAGGGAAUACCAUUAUAUCGCCAUCAAGUGCCGAGGUCAGGGCGUGAACUUCAAAUACAAGAUGGUCUUGAGGCACAAGGGACUCGGCAGGGAUUCUGCCGUCUACGGGCAAGUUUUCACGGUAGCUGAAAACGAGUUUGCAACGGUGAAAUUGCCAUUAGGAGAUUUCAAGCCCUACUAUCGGGGCUUGCCGUUACCCUUGGAAACACAUCCAUUGGACUUAUCGGCAAUUACGAACAUGGGAAUUAAAGUCGACAAUGGACCGUAUCUGCCGGAUAAUCAGCCUGGAGUUUCGGCUUUGGAAAUCGAUUGGAUUAAAGCUGUUAAAUGAUUCAUACCUUUCGUUUUUGCAUUUUAUUUUAUUACACAAUAACUUGCAAGACGAAAAUUCUCAUUACACAAACUUUCAGUUAUAAACGGAUGUAUAAUUAGGUAUAAUCUGUAUACAACUUCAAAUUCAACAAUAUUUUGAAUAUACGUUUCAUACAUAAA